UCUUGCUCUGCACAACAUGGGGUCUCCUGCCUUCCGUUCAAUACAUAAAUGGAUCGUAUUCUGUUUUCUAUUUGUGAUUUGUGUUGUGUUUCUGCCACAGCAGCGCAACAGCGAUGCUCCAUCACCCAAAUUUAAAGCACCCACACUCCAGCCGGUGACAACGAUCCUGGACGACUCCGAAGAUCCGAAUGAUUCGGAUUUGUAUUCGCAUUCCGCUUCAAGCGAUGCCGAUGUGAGCAAAGUGACUGCGUUGCCAUUGUACUACGUGGAGAGCUCCCUAUGCAAGAUACCGUAUGUGGAUCCCUUUGGGGCGGACACAAUGGCCGUGUACGAGCGCAUGCAGUACGAGCCCUGCUCCAACGACACCGCCCUGGUCACCCCCAUCUACGAUGUGAGCCGACAGCGCUAUGUGCUGCACAUCAACGAGACCCUGGCCUCCCGCCUGCUCAACUCCAGCGAGAUCGAGUACAACUGCUAUUACCAGGAGAUAAAACGCAGUCCGUCUGACGGCUACGACAGCGUCGAUCGCAAGUACUUCUCCCAGGACUAUGUGGUUCCGGUGCAUGUUCCGGGCCUCAUAUUGGGCUGCCAUCGGACGGACAACACGUCUCACAUCCUCCAGAGCGAUGCCUACACGCUCGUCCAGUACCGGGCUCCGCCGCCAGGACUCUUCCUGGAGCCAUCGAAGCGGAAGCCGUCCGUCAUCAUGUUUGGCAUCGACAGUCUAUCCAGAAUCAAUCUGAGGCGCACCAUGCCCAAAGUGUACAACUUUCUCACUCGCCGGGGAUGGUACGAGCUUCAGGGAUACAACAAGAUAGGCGACAACACAUUUCCCAAUCUGAUGGCCAUUCUGGCCGGCUACAGUCCCGAGUCAGCCAAGGAAAAUGUCUGCGAUUGGGAAACCAGUGGCUGCCUCGACGAGAUUCCCUUCAUCUGGAAGUAUUUCAAGAACGCCAGCUACCUGACGGCAUAUGCCGAGGAUGAGACUGGGAUGAAUACCUUCAACUACGUUAAGCCAGGCUUCAAGAAGCAGCCAACGGACUACUACCUCAGGCCUCUCCAGAAGGCAGUCGAGGCGGAAAUGGACACCUGGAAGUGCGCCGAUUGCUCGCUGAGGUAUUGCAUUGGUCGGCGGGAGACGAGCAGCUAUGCGUACGACAUGUGCAAGGAGUUCGCCAGGCGGUACGUGGACGAGCAACCCAUUUGGGGGCUGUUCUGGUCGAACAGUUUCAGCCACGACAGCUACCGAAUGCCAUCGAAGAUGGAGGACUACGUCCUGCAGUACAUGCUGGACUUCGAGGCUGACGGCGUCUUCGAGCAGAGCAUUAUGAUAUUCCUCUCCGAUCACGGUUCGCGCUACGGGGACAUCAUGUACUUGGAAAGUGGCUUCCUGGAGUCGCGUCUGCCCGCGAUGUUCAUCUACCUGCCGCCCUGGUUCCGGGCCCACUAUCCCGAGUACGCACGGGCCCUGGAAUUGAAUCGGAAUCGACUGACCUCCAAUUAUGAUCUGCACAACACUCUGAAGCACAUCAUCGAGUUGGGCGAUGGCCGGCCGCUGCCCAAGUCCCACGAUUGCCCCAAGUGCCAGUCGCUGUUCUAUCCGAUGGACGAGCAGCGGUCAUGCGAAGACGCUGGCAUACCGGAGCACUAUUGCACCUGUGUGCCCUACAAGCGACUCUCCGGCGACUGGCCACGUCGCAUCGCAUCUCGGGUCAUUGACCGCAUCAACGAAUACCUAAGCGGCAGGAAUCUCAGCGCCAUUUGCGCCAAUUUAUCGCUGUCCUAUGUGCACGAAACGGAAACUAAGAUCCCCCUCCAUCAGAACUUCCACGACUCGCAGCUGGCGGAGACGGCCGUGUAUCGGACAAUGUUCAAGGUGAAACAAAACAGCGCCGACUUCCGGGCCACAGUCGUCUUCAACAAUAUUACGGAAGCUGUGGAGGUAGAAGUGACAUCCAUCAGUCGCCUCGAUUCCUAUGAAGGCGAUUCCACCUGCAUCGACGACAAAACGGACAAAUUGUACUGCAUUUGUCUGAGCAAUCUCAAAGAGUAGCCUCUCACAAACUUUUACGCACGAGUACUUCGUACAUUCCACGUUUUUGUUGUUGUUGUUGCCGUUGUACAAGCGUUGUCUAAAUGGCCCUGUUAAUAGAUACAGUUAACUAAUUAAAAAUUUGAUUUUAUCUCAUAUUAUUUUGACAAGACAAGGAACGUGCGAGUCGCUUCUGGGGACGCGACUCUACUUAUAAC